AUGCAUAUCGAACUCCUUCCGUCCGAGCUGGUCACGGACAUCUUCCUCACCUUACCUACCAUCUCCUCCGUCCUCGCCCUAUCCUCGACCUGCCACCAUUUUCGCCAAAUCUACACAUCGUCCAAGAAACUCCGAAUCCUCUCUCAAGCUGCCGAGAACGAGUUCGGCCCAACAUCAGACAUUGUUCAACUCGUCACCCACAACUCCUCCCAACCCGCCCACCUUCGCCGCUCGGUCCCACUAUCAGAAGCCUUGAUCCGCUCCAUUGUAAAAGUCGGCCGUGUCGCUGCAAAGUGGGAAGCCAUAUACCCAUUCAAGAAGUGGAAAGUCGAUUUUGAGAACAGACGAUCCAUAUCGCAGGACGAGCGCUUUCGUCUCAGAAGGGCGUUAUACCGUCUCUGGCUCUUUUCUCGCGCCUUUCAUGACGGGAGCAUCCUUCGUUGGAUGAGAAGUAUGCCUGCCCUGCACCACGAGAGAACAUUGCUUCUACACAACUUCAACUCCAUCGAAUUGGCCGAAAUGCUCGAUGUCCACAAUAUGCUACGCGAUACCAUCAGUAACAACAUUUGCCCAUCCAACGGUACCGUGAACCGCAAAUUCCAAAAACGCUUCCCAAACUCCAACUACCAACUCCUCUUCAACACACAUCUCAACUUUCCUCCUCCGUCUUCUUUUGUGCCUAGUGGUGCUUACCACUGCUCUGAAGUCGCAGCUUCCAAAUAUCACAACAAAUACAUCCCCACCGCAACCCACGAACCAGGUGCCGAAGGCUGGGGUGAUGAUAUCCUGCACUAUUACGUUGUAGAGGAUAUGCUGAAGCUCGAUCCUGAGCAACUCAUGUUUCUCAAGGAGAAUGCGCCUUACAAGAGUCAAGUGGAGGCUUAUAUCAGGAGCCAGGGCGAUUGGUUCGACAAUAAUGGCGAGACUUUUGUGCAAACUUUGCAACAGGUUGUGAGGGAUCGUGGACAGGAGAUGGAUGAGUUGAAAGAGGCGAUUGAGGACGGUGAGUUGGGUGUUGCGCUUAGAGUGGACUGA